GUAGUUUAUUUUCCACUGAGUGCAAUCAUUCUCUCGUUACUAUUGCUCUAUCAUCGAACGUUAGUUUUAAUCUAAAAAUAUCGGGACAAAAAGAAAAUGUUCCUUGUCUUUGUGCUUGCGUUAUUGAGUCUGAGCUACGUAUGGCUACGCAAUCGAUACUCAUAUUGGGACCGGCGCAAAGUACGCGGACCAAAGCCAGUGUUCCUGUUCGGCAAUUUAUUGAAGCAACUAACGUUUCGCGAGCACAUUGGUCUUGCUUAUCAACGGUGGUACAACACAUACAACAAUGCUUCAUACGUCGGAUUCUAUAAAUUAUUGCAACCGGCCGUUAUGAUACGCGAUCCGGAAUUGCAGCGAGAAAUGCUCGUUAAGGCAUUCACGAAUUUCCAAACGAAUGACGUAACUGUCUCCGAUGGGGAUGAAUUGCUGAAAUCGAAUCCAUUUUUUGUAACAGGAGAAGAAUGGCGUCAUGGAAGAGCACUGUUUUCCACCUUCCUAUCGGCCAACAAAACCAAGGCAGUGUUUCCAGCCAUGCUAACAGUGGGUAACGAAUGGGAACAGUAUGUUCGCACGCUAGGGGAAAAUGCUGAAGUCGACGCUAAGGAUAUUUGCUCGCGAUUCACCACCGAAACAAUGUUGAGAUGUACAUUCAGCAUCGAUGGGAAAUCAUUCGAAAGCCACCGAACCGAAUUUUUAGACAUGGGGAAAUCGGUUUUCAAUCCCGACAUGAUCACGGCUAUGAAAUCAAUGUUUGUGUUCCUAGUUCCCAGUCUUCAAAAGUUCAUAAAAGUUUCCACAGUCCCAAAACUGUUAGCUAAACGCUUCACGGACAUCGUUCGAGAACAAAUGAAAAUUCGUGACUCAGGAGCUGUAUACUGUGAAGAUGUGCUUCAGUUUGUACUCAAUAGUCGCAAGAAAUUUGAAAUGACCGAAACUCAAAUAAUUGGUACCUGUACCGUGUUCUUCAUUGAGGCAUAUGAAACAUCGGCAAACACUUUAUCGCUGGCAUUGUACAAUUUGGCCAAACAUCAUCACAUCCAAGAGGAAUUAGCGCGUCGCAUUCAGGAGUCAUUCGUUGCAAAUGACAACGAAAUUACCUAUGACUUGAUCCACAAACAUGAAUACCUCGAAAAGGUUGCAUUCGAAUGCAUGCGAAUUCAGACAACAUUCUUUGGCGUUCAAAAACUUUGCACCAAACCGUUUCGAAUGCCAUUGCUUCCAGGACAAACUGAGCCAGUAACCAUACCAGUUGGAACGCCAGUUGUUAUACCGUUCAACGCAGUGCAACAGGAUCCAGUACACUAUCCCGAUCCCGAUUUAUUCGAUCCGGAGCGUUUCUCAGCUGAGCAAAGGGCUCAACGUCUCAAAUCCGCUUACAUGCCCUUCAGUGACGGUCCACGGAUGUGCAUCGGUAUGCACCUGGCAAUGUUUAACUUCAAAAUGGGAUUGUUUCAAAUCAUUCGUCGUUUCGAUGUUAAACUGCAUCCGAAUAAUGAACCGUUCGAAAUGCAUCCGAUGUCGUUCUUCAACAUUCCGAUGAAUGGAAUCAAAUUAACUUUAACUCCGCGGAAGACGGUCUGAUUUGAGAUUGAUUCCAGUUAUAAGGGCAACAUAAAAUAAAUGAAAAUAAAUUUUACCUACUA